AUGAGUGACGACAAUCAACCAGAAGUCAAACAGCCAAAACCAAAGAAGGCUGCAAAGGGAAAGGAGAAAAUAAACGAUGAUCCACGUACACAUGUUUACAAAACACUUGAAGAUGGCAGUCAAUACUUAGAGCCAGUCAAAAGAGCAACUUACAUUAAGAAAAUCGAAGUAGAAAUUUGCCCUGUAUGCGGCUUACCAAAAUGCUAUUGCCGCUUCUCAGAAAAACAUGAUGGCGGUGAUCCAAAGGCAAAACAAAAAGCUGAGGCAGCAAAGGCAGCAGCAGCUGCUCAGCCACCUCCUAAUAAAAAGCAAAAAACACCGAAGAAAAUUGAAGUUAUCGUUAAGGAGAGAAACAAAUACAAAUCCAUUACUACUGUCACAGGCCUUGAAAAGCGUGGUGUUAAUAUCAAAGAAUUUACAAAAGCUCUUGCAAAGAAGAUGUCUUGCUCCGCUGCAAGCAAAGACAAGGGAGGAGAACAGACCAUUGUUAUACAGGGUGAUGCUGGCGAUCAGGUCGUCGAAAUGAUUGAAACCAUGUUGAAUAUUCCAACAUCAGAAAUCACACUUACCCGUAAGAUAGAUACUCCUGCUCCAGUAAUAGAAGAUGAGUGA